UGAGAUUAUGGGACAAUUUUGCACGACUCGUACACUAUAUAAAUAACAUAUCAUAUUUUCCUACGACAGGAAAGCAAUAGUUUUCUCAGACGCCUAGUAACAUUUUCUGCAUAAUGAAGCGUCGUAAUUAUCUACUGGGGCAUGCAAUACAUUCCAUUAUCGUGUGUCAGCGUUUUGCUGACCAUCCCCCUGACAUUGCUGUUACCGACACGUUGACACAAAUGAUAAGUAUAAGCUGAUAUGUAUACAUAUAUAUUUCAAGUAGCACACGGGUCGAAACGCAGUCGACUAUCAGUCAAACAUUCCAGCCCAGUACAAAAUCCCCUGAAUUUGAAAAACUUAAUCGGAACUGGAACGUCCUCAAAAUGUUUAACAAUUAGUGGGAGAUAUCCACAUGUUUGCAGAUACUUUAGCACGUUCAAAAACUAUUAUAAUGCAUCUAACACAGUGUAUACAUCGAUAUUGUCUAAUGCCGUAGUAAUGCGAAACCUGCAUCGAAAGUUAUUUUCUCCAGCACAGAGUACCGUUAAUUUGAACGAUUUCAUUCGGGUCAACGCUACGACUUUCUAAAACGCUAGAGAAUUCAGGAAGACAGGUAGUAUCGGCGAGACGAUAAAGAGACGUGUACAGUGCACAAUGGAGGUGAAUCUAGUGCGAGCUAUAUUCAUAUUUAAUUCAAUAACAGUAACUAUAUUGGGACUGCUAGACGCAUUUGCAGAGACUUACCUUCCUAUAGCAAUUACAAGCACAUAUCGGUAUGGAAGGUAUGCUGCAGAAGGAAAGGCAGCACUGAUUCCACCAAUAGAAGUUCCGAAAAGAUGGUUCAAACAUUUCUAUGAAUUUGCUGCACCUCUAUCAACCUACACCUUGUUAAUUACAUUAAGAUUUUAUCUUGGAGUUGGAAAUGUACCAGUAAACAUACUUCAAAUCCUCGAUAUUCUAUUUGGGGUGAAUCGGCAAUCACUAGUAUCCCCGGAGCACACUACACUGGCUCUAGUGCUCGUAACAAUUCACUGUUGGAAACGUUUCUACGAAACACAUUAUGUCAGUAUUUUCAGUAAUGUAAAAAUAAAUCUAUCGCAUUACAUCGUGGGUUUUGUUCAUUAUGUGGGAACUAUAUCAUGUCUGAUAGGAGAGUCAAAUGGAUUUUUUAAAGGUAUUUUACUAAUUCUCCAAAACCAGAAACUUGGGAAUUAUUUUGAAUUACUCAUUAAUAUGACACAAAUUUUUUGUCCAGGAUCCAGACCUAUUGUGAAUUGGAACGGGUUGACAUAUAUAGAUUAUAGUUGCUCUAUUAUAUUCUUGUGGGCAACUUAUAAACAGCUUAUUUGCAACAAAAUUCUAUCGAAUUUACGCAAAAAUAAAAAAGGCGAAACUGUCACUUUGCAACACAAAAUUCCGAAAGGUGAUCUUUUCGAAUACAUCUCGUCUCCGCUACAAUUGUCUGAAAUUCUUGUGUACUUGAUGCUGACAAUUAUACUAAGAAACAGCCAAACAUUCUAUUACAUAUUCUUGUGGGUGCUUUUGAACCAGGUAAGAAUUCAUCGAACUCUUCAGAACCAAGUGUUUGUUUUCUCUUUCAAGCUUACGUUACAAACAAAAUUGUUAUUUUUAGGUAGCAACUGGUCUACUUGGUCAUUGGUGGUACGUCGAGUCAUUUAAGGAAUAUCCAAAACAGAGAAGAGCUUUGAUACCGUGGAUAUUGUAAUUGUACAACAUUCACUAUUGAUUAACACUACGGUAUUUUUUUGAAAAUUAUAAAUUGUAUUUUGAUAUUAAAAUUUUUAAAUAUUACUAAAAGUACCUGUUGGUUUGAACGGUGUGAUGUUAUCUUGAGCUGUGAUAUAAGUGUAUGAUGCAAAUAUAGCAGCAGAGCACUCAAUCCAUAAAAGCAAAGAAGUCUUAAAAUAUUUCAACUACGUUCAACUUUCUGGAAACAGUGAAUAAUCUAACUAUGUUAAUGUAAACGC